CUCCUGCUCCCUGUCGCCGCCUCCCCUCUCCUCCCCGGCUCCCCUCCGCGCCCCUCACGCCUCCACGCGGCACGGGCCGGCGUGGAUCCGGAGGGUCGCGACCUACCUCCUGCGGCUGCUCGUCGGUGAGCGCGUUCUCGAAGGCCUCUUCCUCCUCCUGCUCCGCCCUUUGCGCCUCCCCGCCGACCGCAUCCCCCGCUUGCUCCUGGGCCAGCGGCUGCGCCGAGGCGUGCACCGCCUCCCAGGCGGCCUUGGCGGCCGCCAGCUCCUCAGAAACCGACAGGGAGGGGCGCGCCACCUUCUCGGGCUCCGGCUUCAAUUCCAGUUUUAUCAGCACAGGAGGGGCGCGUCGCCAUGGAGGAGGAAGGGGAGGAGGCCAUGCCGCCGGUCGCGAUGCUGGGCGGCAAGCGCCCCCGCACCGACCCCGUCCAGCUCGCCCAAUUCGAUGAUAAACAGCACGUCUCUGAUUGCAACUUCCUUGAGGAGACCAAGUAUGCCAGGGAAUCGGCGGGGCGGCAGCGACUGCCCAACUGGCUAUUUUUCCUCCGCAAAGCCACACAACGCAGGGGCGGCAGGUGUAUCAGGAGCGAGCAGAACCGAUCCCCACAGAACCACAGGAUGACAAAUUGAUCCGCAUCCAUCGCAAGACCAUCGGCUCAUUUCUAGGUGACAACAAUGAUGAUCGAUUUCGUCAAGAUGAUGACUGAAGCUGCUCUCACCUAAUGGGUUUUUUGAGAUCUAUGUGGAUAAUAUGUUAUUGGAGAGAAUAUAUCAGUGCAUAGCGGAGGCAAAGUCGGAGUUGAUAUGUUGACUGCACAGCUCACGUGUUUUCACUGGCUCGAGCUAUGUUGUUCUGAAGCACGACUUCUCAUCAGUUUGUUUGCCUCAAGUGAAUUUGACAAUGGCCAAAGGGAUUUCAAGUUUGUCUGCCUGAAGUGAAUUUGACAAUGGCCAAUGAACAGUUCCUGCCAGGAAGUACAAUUUGGAAUGAGGACUUUAUAUAUGGAGUGCCAGGAAGUACAAUUUGGAACUCAAACCUAACUCGAAGCUGCCAAUCACCAUACAGUUUCUUAAUUUCCACAAGCAUUAUCCAAAGUCAUAAGACUACUCAGUGUUCGAUCAAUUAAAACAAUGCACUCCGGAUGUAUUUGUAGCCUUCACAGAUGUUAAUCUACUUUUUCCUUCUACCACCGAGUGCAUUUAGCAUUACUCGCAUUUAUCAGCAUAGAGCACAAGGCGUGUGAAUGAAUAACAGCUAUUGCAUGUCAUUCCCUCCUAUAUUGUCUAAUAAGAUUUAGCUAUCUCUGUAUAUUAGCAAUUACAACAGCCCUAUUGUCCCCUUUUUUAUCUAAUACGAUUAAGCUAUCUCUGUAUAUUAGCAAUUACAACAGCCAUAUUGUCCUUUCUUCCCCUUCUCAAUUGCUAAAAUUACCCUUGGAUAUCCUAAAGAAUACUUUCCUAUUCCUACUCACACAGCCAAAGUUCAAAAGUUUUUCUUAUCUAUAUGAUGAUCAUUUCAUAGAUGCACAGAGAGGCUAUUGUGCUUGGCUUGCCAAAGGAUCUCAGAGAGGCUAGAAAAAAAAGAUAAAAUUGCUCACAGUAUUUAUUUCUAAUUUUCUUGUGUGGUUCCUUUAUAGGAUGGUAAAUUGCCAAUAGAAGCUGCUGCAUCCAGAGGAUGGAUGGUAUGCGUUAAGAUUGUUUUGCCUGUAACAAAUUCUUUGGAGAAAUUUACAAACUUGAGCAUUCCUCAAAUGCUUAAA